UGUACGUCGCGUGCUACAGGGAGCUUGAAAGCGCGAGUUGUACAGAGCGUGAGACGAGCAGUCACGCGUGCGUCUACAGCUGUAGUUAAGUUAAUUGGUUAUUUGACGCGAGGAGCAGUAAACAGUUGAUUUUAUCUAUAACUCGAGUGUGUUUCGUAAAACUCAUUCAUGUCUGAAACACGCAAGAGAAAGCGUUACGGCGGGCACGCGCCGAGGAAACUGAAGGGCGCUCGCGAGCUGGAGGUGGGAGCUGAGGGCGUGCUUGUGACCUGUAACAUGAACGAGCGAAAGUGUACGAGGGAAGCUUACAAUCUUCUUAACGAGUACGCGGAUGCGCUUUACGGCCCAGAGCAGACAGGUGACAGCCUCAGUGAGGAUGAGGAGGAAGAUGCAGAGGCAGCACUGAAGAAAGAGGUGACACACAUCCAAACGUCCAUGAAGAAACAUCAGCAGAGGUUCACAGCAGUAGAGAGCGGAGCCAAUAAUGUGCUCUUCAUACGUUCUCAUGGGAUAGACCCAGAGAAGCUGGUUCAUCACAUCCUGUCAGAUCUUCAUCAGACCAAGAAGAAGAAGUCUCGGGUGAUUUUGCGGAUGUUGCCGGUGAGCGGCACGUGCAAAGCGUUUCCAGAGGACAUGGAGAAAUAUCUCAGCGUGUUUCUGGAGCGCUGGUUCAAAGCACCGCGGAAGGCCACGUAUCAGAUCUGCUUCAAAGCCCGAAACAGCAGCCACAACAAGAGAGAUGAUGUCAUCAAAGACAUCGCUGCUUUGGUGGAUAAACUGAACUCGGAGAAUAAAGUGGAUCUGACCAAUCCUGAGCUUACCAUCAUCAUUGAGAUCAUCAAGACCGUCUGCUGCGUCAGCGUCGUCAGGGACUACAUGCUCUUCCGCAAGUAUAACCUACAGGAAGUCACUAAAGAGCCGGCCAAUCAGAAUCCAGGCCAACAGGAAGCAGCCAAAAGUGCAGCCAAUCAAACACAGGAGGACAACAACGGCACCUCCGUCGAUGGAAGCGCAGCUGGUUGUGAUGUGUCCGCCGGUGACGUGCAGAAAGAGGCGGAGCCUGAGUGAAUGUGUUCAAGUGUUAUAAGCAUUGAUGUAUAGUAUUGACAGAUGAAAAGUGUGUGUGUGUGUGUGUGUGUGUGUGUGUGUGUGUGUGUGUCUGUGCAGAAGUGCGUGUGUGUCUGUGCGAGUGUGUGUGUGUAUCUGUGUGUAGACAGUCGGCUGUGAACUGCCACUUUUAAAAAUCUUUUAUGUGUUUUGUUUGGGCUUUUGUGUUUUAGCUGAAUUUUUGUAAGUGUAAUUUUUCAGUAUUAUACCACAUAAUUUUUUCCUCAUUUUGAUGAUUUGUUUUUUUCAGAUAAACUCUGAUCUGAGUCUUGAGGACAGAGUUUCCUCUGAUCGUAAUGCAGAGGUUUGUGUCAAUCAUAUAAAAACAUUAAAUCAAAUAAAAAUCAUCAUUUGAAUGAUUUGUAACUUUUCAUUGGGUUUCAGUCAUUAUCAUCACAUAACAGGUUAUUUAUUUUGAUGUCACUCCAAUAAUAUUAGCACAUGGUUGUAUUGAAAUGUUUUCUCGUCUUCAUACACACUCAUGAAUAUUCAUUUAUAUUCAUCAUCGGUUAAUUUCUCCAUCACAUUGACUAUAUAAAAUCAAGACCGCAUCUGUUUGUCUAAAAUACUCUGCUUCAGAAAUGUCUUUAAGUAUUUUAGUUUGUCAUCUGUUAGUAAUUGUGUUGAUCUGAUAGUUAACAGUAGUUAAACUCCCUGUUGGAGGUCUCCGGGUCAGUUGGGUCUUAAAGGUCAUGAUAUGCUGAAACAAUAGAGACGAGUGGUAUCUUGUUCCCUGGAGAUGAGGAUUAACAUUCACUGCACGUGGCUGUCGUGACCUUUCAGGGUCACAGGAGACGGAGAUCACAGCAGGUGAGAGACACUUGAGCUCACCAUCAUUAGGAUUGACUUACUGAGCCGUGUCAUUACAGGAUAACAUGUAGAAAUAUAAAACA